GUACGGGCAUUUUGAGUGGGUGGUCAUGCCUUUUGGCCUCACCAAUGCCCCGGUGACCUUCCAAGCGGCAAUGAUCAAUGAGUUUCGUGCAAUGUUGAACCGGUUCGUGCUGGUCUACUUAGACGAUAUUCUCGUCUAUAGCCGGUCAUUGGAGGAUCACCUUGGGCAUCUUCGACGAGUGUUGGAGACGCUCCGCCUCACCAAGUACAAGGCCAACCGCGACAAGUGCGAAUUUGUCCAAGACCUGGAAUACUUGGGCCAUUUUGUCAGUGACACACCGGAGGGCUUCAGUCCACUAUCGGACAAGAUUCAAGCCAUCCAAGAGUGGCCGGAGCCUCGGAACGUCACGGAUGUCCGCUCGUUCCUGGGUCUCGCCAGCUACUAUCAGCGUUUCAUCAAAGGCUACUCGAAGACCGCGACCCACUUGACUAAGCUUCAAUGCGAGGAUCGACCAUUUGACUUUGGAGAGGAGGCGCGAGAAUCAUUUUUGGCUCUCAAAGCGGCGCUUUUGUCUGCGGAGGUCUUGCGGAUAUACGACCCGCUUUUGCCUACGCGCGUCACUACGGAUGCCUCAGGCUAUGGCAUUGGUGCAGUCCUCGAGCAACAUGAGGGUGUGGACUGGCACCCGGUCGAGUAUUUCAACAAGAAAGUGCUCGUCCUGCAUUCCAUUGACGAUGCACGCAAGAAGGAGAGGACAAACCAGACCGCACAGGUUCUCCUUCGCACUCUCAUUCGUUCGGACCGGAAGGACAGGGUUGAGCAGCUGUCGGAUGUCGAGUUGGCCUACAACUCUUCCAUCCACCCAACUAUCGGGAUAUCGCCUUUCGAGUUUGAGCACGGCUCGCCGGUCACUUCACCGUUGGACACUAUCACUCCACGAACGACCGAGAGCGACGACCAUCUUCUUUUCUUGAGUCGGAUGCAAGAGCUUCUUGUCGAGGCACGCGACAAGAUGGUUAAGAGUAUAAGACGCAGCAAUGCAUGAGCCAGCAGGCCAAUCGCCAGUGUCUUCCUUCCCCAUUCCGCGCCGGCGACCUCGUGUGGGUUUCCGCAGCGGAAUUCAGCCUUGAACAAG